AUGGCUUCAAUCCCAUGUACAAGUACCGCCCACCUCCACCAUUUCUCUUCCAGACAUUCGCGUCCUCGGUCCUCUGCUACAAAGCUCACUUCUUCCUUUCUGGGGUUCCAAAACCGGGUCCGACCCUGCAGUAUCGGACCCUCCAACGGCUCGAGAGUGAAGUGCUGGUUUAAGUUCGGCAAGAACGGCGUUGAUGCUGAAGGAGCUGGGAUUUAUGGCAGCCAGGCCCGUGACGAUUUCGACAGAGACGAUGUCGAACAGUAUUUCAACUACAUGGGAAUGCUUGCUGUUGAAGGUACAUAUGACAAGAUGGAAGCACUCUUGAGCCAGAACAUCCAUCCAGUGGACAUACUGUUGAUGCUAGCUGCAUCUGAAGGCGAUAAGCCGAAACUAGAAGAGCUACUUAGAGCAGGAGCAAAUUACAGUGUGAAGGAUGUAGAUGGGAGGACCGCCCUCGAUAGAGCUAGUGAGGAGAUCAAGGAAUUCAUCCUUGGAUUCUCAACCCAAAAGGCCUGA